AUGGAUCCAUACCAAUGGCAACAGAUUCAGCUACAAAUGCGCUCGCAAGGGUUCAAUCCAGCCGACCCUGAUCAUUAUGACCGCUUCCUCCAAAACGCUCGACAACCAGUGUACGCUACGAACCGGACGGGACCUCCUGUCAACGUCACACGAGGAUGGGUUGUAAUAGAGAAACGCGGAAUCUUCGUCAAAAAUCUCAACUUCAAAGCCAACGAGGAAGCCAUUUCCAAUUAUUUCAUGCGCGCUGGCGUGAUCCUCAGCCUUGACCUUCAACGAGACCAUCAAACCAAAAAGUCCAAAGGGAGCUGCGUGAUCAUGUUCGACAGCGCCAAAUCCGCCCAGAGAGCUAUCAACAUGUUCGACGGCAAAUCUUUCAUGGACAUGCGUUUGCUCGUGCGAGAAGUCAAGGAAUCCACAGCUGUCCACACCCCAUCUGCAGCUCCCGCUCCUCCUUCACAGUCUACCGCUAGAAAUGCCGGGCCGCCACUUAUUGUUACGAGUACCCCAAGGCAGAGCAGACGCACAGCUCCUCGAGAUGGUCAACUUUAG